UGUGGAAUAAUAUGGACUACAUUGUGAGCCGAUCCAUACUUGUCUCACUUCUUCUUCUUUUGGUUUCUCCCUAUGUUUCUGCCCACAUACCGCACCUUGGAAGGCUAAGAAGGCCAUUCCAGAACAAGCCCCAAAAACUUGGUAUGUCUGACGAAUUAGCGACUUUCUACUACAAACAACCACUUGACCAUUUCAAUUACCAACCCCAGAGUGAUGUCACGUUUGAUCAAAGAUAUGUCAUCGAUUUCAAAUAUUGGAAAGGUGUCAAUCCCAGCACUCCCAUAUUUGCCUUCUUCGGUGCCGAAGAAAAUCUUGACGAUGACAUACCUUCUAUUGGUCUUCCCCUUAAUUUUGCCUCUCGAUACAAGGCUAUGUUGGUGUAUUUAGAGCAUAGAUUUUACGGGAAAUCAAUACCAUUUGGUUCUUUAAAGAAGGCUAUGGAAAAUGCUACCAUUCGAGGGUACCUUAGUUCGGCUCAAGCCUUAGCAGAUUAUGCCCAAGUGCUUUUGCACGUCAAGAAAAUGUUUGCAGCUGAGACAUCUCCAAUCAUUGUCAUCGGAGGCUCCUACGGUGGAAUGCUGGCUUCGUGGUUCAGGCUGAAGUAUCCUCACAUCGCUCUGGGAGCCCUAGCUUCAUCGGCUCCAAUCCUCUACUUCGACAACAUUACGCCUCAAGAUGGAUAUUACUCCGUCGUCUCCAAAUCCUUCAGAGAAACGAGCGAAACCUGCUACGAAAUCAUCCGCAGAUCGUGGGCGGAAAUCGACCGAAUCGCCGAGGAGAAGGCGCAGGGGCUUUCGAUUCUGAGCAAGAGAUUCAAAACUUGCGGCAAAUUGAAUCGCAGUUCGGAGCUGAAGGACUAUCUGGACAGCGUGUUGACGGAGGCGGCGCAGUACAAUUUCCCAUCGGCGAAUCCAGUGGACGCCAUAUGCGCGGCCAUUGAUGGAGAAGCCAAGAAGAAAUCGAGCGAUUUGAUUGGGCAAGUUUUUGCAGGGGUUGUUGCUUAUAUGGGGGAGAGGUCGUGUUACGAUGUCUCUGAUUAUGACCAUGAUUCCACUGAUCAGUAUAGUUGGCAGGUGUGUAGCGAGAUGGUAAUGCCCAUUGGACGCAGCGGCAAGGGCGACUCGAUGUUCCCGACCGCGCAGUUCGAUUUAAACAGCUUCAAAAACGACUGCAAGGCUUGGUAUGGUGUCUCACCAAAGCCUCAUUGGAUCACAACUUUCUAUGGAGGCCAUGACCUGAAAUUAGUGCUCCACAGGUUUGCAAGUAACAUUAUCUUCUCCAAUGGGCUGAAAGAUCCUUACAGCAGUGGCGGGGUGUUGCAUAAUAUAUCACAGACCAUUGUUGCUAUCACCACUGCUAAAGGGGCCCAUUGCGUGGACAUACAAAAUGCUGAGGUGGACGAUCCUGAUUGGUUGAAAAUGCAAAGAAAGACUGAGAUGGACAUAAUUGACGGUUGGAUUUCCAAGUAUCAUGCUGAUCUCUUGCUGUUCAAAAAAAGUGUUGGUACCAAUUAAUUAAAUGUUUUAUAAAUGUCUCUUACUAAAUAAGAAGUAAGAAUAUUUAUGUAUUAACCUUUUUUUUUUCUUUUAGUAUAACGAUAUUAUGUAAUGACUAUUGAAAGGACAGAUUUAAACUAUAGGACAUAAAUUUCUCUUAA